GCUCAAUCUUACUCAUGGCUGAUACUGUUAUGUUAAACUCAACACCUACGGCGUAGGUCAUGAUUUAAGGGAUUUGAAUACCUAAUAUAACCAAUAAUGGGCCUCGUUCUGCACUCGAGAGCCACUCACCCCCCCCAGGACUCAAGACCGGCCCUGUCCUUCCGCACCCUUACCAUACUCAUCCCUCUUCUGUUCUUUCUCUCUAUUAUUUUUGUACUGCUCACCACCCAAGCAGACAUCAGAUUCAACAUCCGACAAGGCUACCCAGUCAUAAAAUCAAUACCCACAUCAUAUCCUUCCCACAAGAUAGCAAGCGGCGCUAUUGUGCCUGCUCAAUACAGGAAGCCCCCUCAACUUCCUCCAUUAUUUACUGCUACCAAUGAAUCUUUGAUCAACGAUGCGUACAGUCUUUGCACAAAAAAAAGAUAUCUGCUGGACAAUCUAGCAACAAAUAUAAAACCUAAAGAAGCGACGUUCGAUAAUGUGUUGCUGCCUAUCGUCCACGAAGAGGAUGCAGCUGCGAUGGAAAGGAGGAUUAUUGGGUUUUACCAGGCUGUGUCUACGGACUCUCGAUUGCGGGAUGCAAGUUCGAAAGGAGAGGAGAUGAUGGAUGAGUGCAAUAUCGAGGCAUCUAUGCGAGAGGAUAUAUUUGCUCUGGUACAAACUGCUUGGGAUAGAUCGCGAAAGGCUGGCAGCAAGUUAGAUGAUGAGAGCUUGAGGCUAUUAGACCAGAAGCGAAAGAGCUACAUUCAGAAUGGGUUGGGAAUUGGAAAAGGGCCGAAGAGAGACCGAUUCAAGGAAAUCAAGAAGAGACUAAGCCAACUGUCAAUCGAGUUUCAGAAGAAUCUGAAUGAGGAGAAUGGAGGAAUAUGGUUUACGAGGAAAGAGUUAGAGGGUGUGCCAGAAGACAUAUUGAGUGGAUUGGAACCGGGCAUAGGAGCGAACCAGGGCAAGCUGAAGCUUUCAUUUAAAUCGACGGACCUUUUCUCUGCCCUAAAAUUUGCUUUGGAUGCGGAAACGAGGCAGAGGGUCUUUAUUCAGAAUGAGAACAAGCUUAAUCAAAAUGUUCCAUUGUUCAAGGAGGCCAUCAUUCUAAGAGACGAAGCUGCCAGGCUGCUAGGAUAUCCGAACUACGCUUCGUUUCGGAUAGAAGACAAAAUGGCUAAGACACCAAAGGCUGUAACUGAUUUCCUUAAUGAUAUCAAGGACCGACUCAGGACAGGAGGUGCCAAGGAAGUUGCACAUCUCAUGGAAAUUAAGAGUAACGAUCUCAUGAUAAGAGAGCUAGCACAUACAAAGGACAAGGACAUCUAUCUUUGGGAUGACAGAUUCUAUAAUAGGUUGAUGGUUGAGCAGGAAUUUGCGAUUGACGAAGAGAAAAUUGCGGAGUAUUUUCCUCUUCAAUCUACACUCGAAGGCAUGUUAGCUAUAUUUGAGCAGCUAAUGGGGUUUGUGUUUGUUGAACUUGGAGAUCUGGACAAAGCAAAAAUCUCAGCUACUGGGAGAGCGGAAGAUAUCACAUGGCAUAAAGACGUAAAGAUGUUUAGCGUUUGGGAUGAUGAAGGAGAAGGCAACGGAUUCGUUGGUUAUUUCUACUUGGAUCUUCACCCUCGUCCCGGCAAAUUUGGCCACGCUGCCAAUUUCUCUCUUCAACCAGGCUUUAUUUUACCCAAUGGAACACGUCGAUAUCCAGCUACUGCACUCGUCUGUAAUUUCUCCAAGCCCACUAAGGAGAAACCAUCACUUCUCAAGCACGAUGAAAUUGUGCUUCUAUUUCAUGAACUCGGACACGGCAUUCACGAUCUCGCAGGUCGAACCAAAUAUUCUCAGUUCCAUGGAACGUCCGUUGUUCGCGACUUCGUUGAAGCCCCUUCCCAGAUGCUUGAGAAUUGGGCUUGGACUUAUUCUCAACUCAAAUCUCUUAGUAAACACUACGAGACAGGAGAGAGCCUCCCUGAUGAUCUGAUCGCGAAGCAGAUCAACGUAAGACACGUUAAUGAUGCACUCUUGAAUCUUCAUCAACUCCAUUUCGGCAUCUUUGACAUGACGGUCCACACGCCGAAAAGCCAUGAAGAAGUUGAAUCUAUGAAAUUCUCCGAAUUAUACAAUGAUCUUCGUGCACAGAUAACUGGUCUCAAGGGCCCGGAAUCCUUAGGGGCAAAGUCCGACUGGGGUAAUGGCCAAACCACAUUUGGUCACCUGAUGGGUGAAUACGACGCUGGCUAUUACGGAUAUUUGAGUAGCCAAGUCUACAGUGCAGACAUUUUCUCUUCAGUUUUCAAAAAAAACCCGAUGGACGGCAAGGAGGGUAGACGUUAUAGACAUAUGGUUUUGGAGAGGGGGGGUAGUCAAGAUGAGAUGAAGAUUUUAGAGGAUUUCCUGGGGAGAAAACCAAGCACGGAGGCAUUUUAUCAGGAGCUAGGUUUGAUGUAGAAGUAGAUUUGUUGCUAAUUGGAAGGAGUUGCAAUGUUCUCAUUUUAGACGACGAUUGAAAAUAAUGCUGUUUCAACUAAUAGCGGCCACUCUUAACUAUUGCAUCCGUGCAUUAGGUGAAUGUGCUCGUUGUCAUUAGUCUUACGG